UUAUGUGUUUACUCUUGUUCGCGCGCGCGGUAGCGGACGGUUUCUAAUUUAGCUUCGCCGGUACAUACCGCUGGGAUAUUUAUGCUUUAUGGGAUACUAUCGAUAAUCAUAAUUUGCAAACUUUAAAAUUAUUAGGACAUUUCUGUUGCGUUGUUGAGUAAAGUCUGAAUUUGAGGAGAGGACGAGACAAAGGGAAAGGUAGCUAGCAAAGGCUAGCUAAAUUGCAGCCGUGGUUAUAAUCUGGGACUGUCUAACUUGAAGAAGAUGGGUUAUUUGAAAUUGAUUGAGAUCGAAAAUUUCAAGUCAUACAAAGGUCGGCAGAUCAUCGGUCCCUUUCACAAGUUCACGGCAAUCAUUGGACCCAAUGGAUCGGGCAAGUCCAAUCUUAUGGAUGCCAUCAGCUUUGUGCUGGCGGAGAAGACCAGUAACCUGCGUGUGAAAACCCUCAAAGACCUCAUUCAUGGAGCUCCUGUUGGAAAACCAGCUGCAAACCGUGCUUUUGUUAGCAUGGUGUAUCGAGAGGACAGCGGGGAGGAGCGCACCUUUACGCGGGUCAUCAUAGGUUCGUCGUCCGAGUACCGCAUCAACAAUAAAGUUGUGGGGCUUUCUGAAUAUAGCGAUGAACUGGAGAAGCUGGGAAUUCUCAUCAAAGCUAGGAAUUUCCUUGUUUUCCAGGGGGCAGUGGAAUCCAUUGCUAUGAAGAACCCCAAGGAAAGGACUGCACUGUUUGAGGAGAUCUCUCGCUCAGGGGAGCUAGCACAGGAAUACGACCGCCGGAAAAAGGAAAUGGUGAAGGCAGAGGAGGACACUCAGUUCAACUACCACCGCAAGAAGAACAUUGCUGCUGAACGCAAAGAGGCUAAACAAGAGAAGGAGGAGGCGGAGCGCUACCAGAGGCUGAAGGACGAGGUUGUAAGAGCCCAUGUCCAACUGCAGCUCUUCAAGCUCUACCACAACGAGGCAGAGAUAGAGAAGCUGAACCGUGAGCUCGCACACCGCAACCGCGAGAUUGAUAAAGACAGGAAGCGAAUGGAUCGUGUGGAGGAGGAGCUGAAAGAGAAAAAGAAGGAGCUAGGAAGGAUGAUGAGAGACCAACAGGCAGUAGAAAAGGAGAUAAAGGAGAAAGAUGCUGAGCUGAAUCAGAAGCGACCCUUGUACAUUAAGGCAAAAGAGAACACUGCCCACAAGAUCAAGAAGCUGGAAGCAGCCCGUAAGUCUCUGCAAAAUGCCCAGAAGAUGUACAAGAAGCGCAAGGCUGACAUAGAGGAGCUGGACCGUGAGCAGGGUGCUGUGGAGAUGGCACGGCAGGAAUUUGAGGAAAGAAUGGAGGAAGAAGCUCAGAGCCAGGGCCAGGAUCUCACUCUGGAGGAGAACCAGGUUAAGCAAUACCAUCGGCUGAAGGAGGAGGCCAGCAAGCGAGCUGCCACUCUGGCUCAGGAACUGGAGAAGUUCAACCGUGACCAAAAGGCUGAUCAGGACCGUCUAGACCUGGAGGAAAGAAAGAAAGUUGAGACUGAGGCAAAGAUCAAACAGAAGAUCAGGGAGAUUGAGGAGAAUCAGAAACGUAUUGAGAAAUUGGAGGAUUAUAUUGCCACCAGCAGACAGUCUCUGGAUGAACAGAAACGCAUGGAGGAGGAGUUGACAGAGGAGGUAGAACAGGCGAAGAGGAGGAUUGAUGAGAUUAACAUGGAGCUGAACCAGGUGAUGGAGCAGCUGGGAGAUGCCCGCAUUGACAGGCAGGAGAACAGCAGGCAGCAACGCAAGGCUGAAAUCAUGGAGAGCAUCAAGAGGCUGUACCCUGGAUCUGUUUAUGGUAGGCUUAUUGACCUGUGCCAACCCACUCAGAAGAAGUAUCAGAUUGCUGUGACCAAGGUCCUGGGCAAGAAUAUGGAUGCCAUCAUCGUGGACUCGGAGAAGACAGGCCGAGACUGCAUUCAGUACAUCAAAGAGCAGAGGGGAGAGCCAGAGACAUUCCUGCCUUUGGACUACCUAGAGGUGAAGCCCACGGAUGAGAAGCUACGAGAAUUACGUGGGGCAAAGCUGGUGAUUGAUGUAAUCCGUUAUGAGCCUCCACACAUCAAGAAGGCCUUGCAGUAUGCCUGUGGGAAUGCACUAGUUUGCGAGAAUGUGGAAGAUGCACGAAGAAUAGCUUUUGGGGGACCAUACAGACACAAGACUGUAGCCCUGGAUGGUACCCUGUUUCAAAAGUCUGGUGUGAUAUCUGGAGGAGCCAGCGACCUGAAGGCCAAGGCCAGACGAUGGGAUGAGAAAGCUGUGGAUAAGCUGAAGGACAAGAAGGAGAAGCUCACAGAAGAGCUUAAGGAACAAAUGAAAGCAAAGAGAAAGGAGGCAGAGUUAAGGCAGGUUCAGUCUCAGGCUCAUGGCCUUCAGAUGAGAUUGAAGUAUUCCCAAAGUGAUCUGGAACAGACCAAAACACGCCACCUGUCUCUCAACAUGCAGGAAAAAUCAAAGCUGGAAAGUGAACUGGCAAAUUUUGGGCCUCGCAUCAAUGAUAUCAAGAGAAUCAUCCAGUCUCGUGAGAGAGACAUGAAAGAGCUGAAGGAUCGCAUGAACCUGGUUGAGGAUGAAGUGUUUGUGGAGUUCUGCAAGGAGAUUGGAGUAAGAAACAUCAGAGAGUUUGAAGAGGAGAAAGUCAAAAGGCAGAAUGAGAUUGCCAAGAAAAGACUAGAGUUUGAGACCCAGAAGACUCGUCUUGGAAUCCAACUGGACUAUGAAAGGAAUCAGCUGAAAGAGGACCAAGAGAAGGUGCAGAUGUGGGAGCAGACUGUGAAGAAGGAUGAGAGUGAGAUUGAGAGACUGAAGAAGGAGGAACAACGACACAUGAAGAUUAUUGAUGAGACAAUGGCUCAGCUGCAGGAUCUAAAGAACCAGCACCUGGCAAAGAAGUCUGAGGUCAACGACAAGAAUCAUGAGAUGGAGGAGAUCCGCAAGAAGCUAGGUGGCGCUAACAAGGAGUUGACUCAACUGCAGAAGGAAGUGACAGCUAUUGAAACCAAGCUGGAGCAGAAGCGCAGCGACAGACAUAACCUUCUGCAGGCCUGUAAGAUGCAGGACAUUCGGCUACCUCUCAAGUCUGGUACAAUGGAUGACAUCAGCCAAGAGGAGGGGGCCUCCCAGGCAGAAGAGUCUGUGAGCAGUAGUCAAAAGACAUCUAGUUCCAUGCUGGCAAAAGAAGCUCUUAUAGAGAUUGACUAUAGCAACUUGUCUGAAGACCUCAAGGACUCACUCUCUGAAGAAGAAAUCAAGGCAGAGAUGAACAAUCUGCAGCAGAGACUAAAUGAACAGCAGAGUAUCCUGCAGAGGAUCAGUGCCCCCAACAUGAAGGCCAUGGAGAAGUUGGAGAGCGUUAGGGACAAGUUCCAAGAGACAAGUGAUGAGUUUGAGGCAGCUCGUAAAAGAGCAAAGAAGGCCAAACAAGCUUUUGAGCAGAUCAAGAAGGAGCGCUUUGAUCGCUUUAAUGCCUGCUUCGAGUCUGUAGCCACCAACAUCGAUGAGAUCUACAAGGCUUUGUCCCGCAACAGCAGUGCCCAGGCAUUCUUGGGGCCAGAGAACCCAGAAGAACCAUAUUUGGAUGGAAUCAACUACAACUGCGUGGCCCCAGGGAAGCGGUUCCGGCCCAUGGACAACCUCUCAGGAGGGGAAAAAACUGUGGCUGCUCUGGCCCUCCUUUUUGCUAUACACAGCUACAAGCCUGCUCCUUUCUUUGUGCUGGAUGAAAUCGAUGCUGCACUAGACAACACCAAUAUUGGAAAGGUGGCGAACUACAUCAAGGACCAAUCUGUGCAGAAUUUUCAGGCCAUUGUCAUCUCACUGAAAGAGGAGUUUUACACUAAGGCUGACUCACUCAUUGGCGUCUACCCUGAGCAAGGAGACUGCGUAAUCAGCAAAGUGUUGACUUUUGACCUCUCUCAGUACCCGGAUGCCAACCCUAAUCCUAAUGAAUAAAUGAGACAACAAACUGCUCAAAUCACAUUCCCUGAAAAGUACUCUGUCAAUGUCUUUCUUGUACUUUCUGAAGUAAGAUUUCUUAUUAUAUAAUUUCUAUUUCUGUGACAUAUCCCUUUCAAUUAUGUUUAAAAAUAUUUUGUUGCCCCCUUUUGGUUUAACUGUACUGAAAAAUACACUGUCAAGAUUUUUAGGUAGCUCCCUUUCUCAAUACUCCAAUAUUUAUAAUGUGGAGCUUUUAAAAAAAUCAGUUUGGUUCACUUUUCUUGCUCUGCUAGUGUGCCAUCUAUGGUUCUCAUUAAAAAGCUUUUUUUUUUUUUUUUCCCAGAAUUCUGUAAAUAGGUGUGUAAGUGUGCACCUUUUUGUUCUUUGCUAUUAGGGUUUUUUCUUAUAUAUGACUUAAAAAAAUCAGUGAAAUUUGUAGAAAUUGAAUACUGGCCAGGGUGACACAGUCACGGGACAGAUGUUGCAGCUGGUUGGAAUACCCGGGUUGUAUUUUUUUUUUUUAAAUAUAUAUUCAUAUACUCUAACUUUUAAUUAAGUUGUAAGAUCAUGUAAGGGGGUUGGAAAUUUACAUGACCCUUUUGAAGUGACCCAAGGGACAUCUGGAUCAGAGUGUACAUUACCAUUUUCACUAAGACUAAAUUGUCCAUAACUCAAAGCUCUGAUGCAGUGAAACAAGGUAAAAUGAUCAACAGAAAAUUAAACUUUACUUUAUAUGCAAGGUAAAUUGUAUGAAUUUUUUUUUUCCUCCGCUUUAUUGUCAAAAAGUUACUGCCUUAUCCUCCCUUUGAAUUCCCCACUAACACAAAUUAGAAUUUUUUUUCUUUUUUUUUUUUUUCUUUUGGAAAACUUGACUGGUAGUGUCACCUACUGGUCUCUUGCAUUGUUCUUCAUUUACUUUAUUUCCUCCACUGCAACAACUACCAGCAUUUAGCUAAUUAUUUGGUCCUUCCUUGAUUUCCUGCACACCUUUUGUAUAUUUUUAUAUUACCUUUUUUCUCCUAUUCUGAUUCCUUUAUUUCCUCCUGAACGAGAUUGUUUUGCAGUUAUAUAUAACUGAAAUAUUUGAGCUUUCUAUGUAACUUAGAAUUGCCUUCUGCUUUAAUGCUUUGUAUUUGUCAAGUUUGCAUCUUUGAAUAAAGUAGUUAAG